AUGGCCGCCAUCCUGGACGAGCGCGGGGGCUGCGGCCGCGGCGAGCGCCUGGCGCUGGCGCUGGCCCGGGAGCGCGUCAAUGGCCCGGGGGGGGGGCGCCCCCCGGCCCGGCUCGAGGUGGAGGUGUUCGAGUUGUCCCGGGACAACCAGUACGAGACCACCGACACCAUGUGUCAGAUCCUGCCCAAGGGCGUGGUCUCGGUGCUGGGUCCGGCCGCCAGUCCGGCCGCUGCGGCCACGGUCAGUCACAUCUGCGGGGAGAAGGAGAUCCCGCACAUCCGGGUGGGCCCCGAGGACGCCCCCCGCCCGCCCCUGCUCCGCCUGGCCUCGCUCAGCCUCUACCCCAGCAACGAGGACGUGAGCCAGGCCCUGGGGGGGCUCCUGCGCAGCCUCCGCGCCCCCCCGGCCUCGCUCAUCUGCGCUCAGGCCGAGUGCCUGCUCAGGCUGGAGGAGCUGGUCCGGCAGUUCCUCAUCUCCCGGGAGUCGCUCUCCGUGCGCGUCCUGGACGCCGAGCAGGACCCGACGCCGCUGCUCAAGGAGAUCCGCGACGACAAAGUGCCCACGAUCAUCAUCGACGGCAGCGCGGCCACGGCCGGGCUCGUGCUGGCCAAGGCCUCGGAGCUCGGGAUGACGUCGACGUUCUACAAAUACAUCCUGACCACCAUGGACUUCCCCCUGCUGCGGCUGGACGCGCUGCCGGCCGCUCCGGCCACCGUCCUGGGCUUCUCCAUGUUCAACACGAGCCACGGCUUCUACCCCGAGUUCGUGCGGAGCCUCAACAUGUCCUGGCGGGAGAGCUGCGAGCUGGGGCCCUACCCCGGCCCCGCGCUCUCGGCCGCGCUGCUCUUCGACGCCGUGCACGUGGUGGUCGGGGCCGUGCGGGAGCUGAACCGGAGCCAGGAGAUCGGCGGGAGGGCGCUGGGCUGCGCCGCGCCCGGGAUCUGGCCCCACGGCACCAGCCUCAUGAACUACCUGAGGAUGGUGGAGUACGACGGGCUGACCGGACGCGUGGAGUUCAACAGCAAAGGGCAGCGAACGAAUUACAGCCUGAGGGUGCUGGAGAAGGGCCGGGAUGGACACCGCGAGGUCGGGGUGUGGUUCUCCAACCGGACACUCGCCAUGGACGAGGCCACGCUGGCCCUGAACGCCUCGGACAGCCUGGCCAACAAAACGCUCAUCAUCACCACCAUACUGGAGAACCCGUACGUGAUGCGGGUGUCCGGCGCGUCCGGGCCGGACCGGUUCGAGGGGUUUUGCGUGGACAUGCUGCGCGAGCUGGCCGCGCUGCUCAAGUUCCGCUUCCACAUCAAGCUGGUGGAGGACGGGCUGUACGGAGCGCCCGAGCCCAACGGCUCCUGGACCGGCAUGGUGGGCGAGCUCAUCAACCGGAAGGCCGACCUGGCGGUGGCCGCGUUCACCAUCACGGCCGAGCGCGAGAAGGUGAUCGACUUCUCCAAGCCCUUCAUGACCCUGGGCAUCAGCAUCCUCUACCGCGUCCACCUGGGCCGCAAGCCGGGGUAUUUCUCCUUCCUAGACCCCUUCUCCCCGGCCGUGUGGCUCUUCAUGCUCCUGGCGUACCUGGCCGUGAGCUGCGUGCUCUUCCUGGCCGCCAGGCUGAGCCCGUACGAGUGGUACAACCCCCACCCGUGCCUGCGGGAGCGGCCGGGGCUGGUGGAGAACCAGUACACGCUGGGGAACAGCCUCUGGUUCCCGGUCGGGGGAUUCCUGCAGCAGGGGGCCGAGGUCCUGCCCCGCGCGCUGUCCACGCGCUGCGUCAGCGGCGUCUGGUGGGCGUUCACCCUCAUCAUCAUCUCGUCGUACACGGCGAACCUGGCGGCGUUCCUGACCGUGCAGCGCAUGGAGGUGCCGGUGGAGUCGGCCGACGACCUCGCCGACCAGACCAACAUCGAGUACGGCACCAUCCACGCCGGCUCCACCAUGACCUUCUUCCAGAACUCGCGCUACCAGACCUACCAGCGGAUGUGGAACUACAUGCACUCCAAGCAGCCCAGCGUCUUCGUCAAGAGCACCGAGGAGGGCAUCGCGCGCGUCCUCAACUCCAAGUACGCCUUCCUGCUCGAGUCCACCAUGAACGAGUACCACCGGCGCCACAACUGCAACCUGACGCAGAUCGGCGGGCUGCUGGACACCAAGGGCUACGGCAUCGGCAUGCCGCUGGGGUCGCCGUUCCGCGACGAGAUCACGCUGGCGAUCCUGCAGCUGCAGGAGAACAACCGGCUGGAGAUCCUCAAGAGGAAGUGGUGGGAAGGGGGGCACUGCCCCAAGGAGGAGGAUCACCGCGCCAAAGGGCUGGGCAUGGAGAACAUCGGCGGCAUCUUCGUGGUGCUGGUGUGCGGGCUGCUCGUGGCCAUCCUGGUGGCCGUCAUGGAGUUCGUGUGGUCGACGCGGCGCGCCGCCGACACCCAGGAGCUGUCUCUCUGCUCGGAGAUGCUCCGCGAGCUCGGCCGCGCCGUCUCCUGCAGCCGCCGCCCCCGCGCGCGCCGCCGGCGCCGCCCCCCCCGCGGGGCCCCUCCCCCCCCGCACCCCCACCCCCACCCCCUGCCCCACCCCCCCCUGCGCGAGAUGCGCUUCAGCAACGGCAAGCUCUACUCGGGGGGGGGAGGGGCUCACCUGGAGGCGGCGGGGGGGGGAGGGGCGGCCCCCCCCGCCCCUCCCCCGCCCUGCGCGCACGUGCGCGUCUGCCCCGAGUGCCGCCGCAUCCAAGCGCUGCGCGCCACCCCUCCCCCACCCUCCCGGACCGCGGGGGGCGGGGCCGCCCCUCCCCCUCCCCCACCCGCGACCCCGCAGCCCCUCCCCCCACCGGCGGAGGGCGGGGCGAGGACGGCGGAGUGACCCCGCCCCUCCCCC